AUGAGUGCAUUUGGAGGCAAGCGCAAGGCGCGAAAGAUCACAGUACAGGAUGAUGAAGACGAAAGCCCUCCCGUCGCGUCAUUAAACCCACCGGCCGAGCCCCAAGAACCAGCAUUGCAAGCAUCGUUCAAGACGAGCCGAAAACCGUUCAAGCAGUCCUCUCUCCGGAAGAGCAUAAACGUUAGCGAUGAGGCGCCCGCCGCCGAGGACCCAAGCACAGCAACGCACCCAAAAGAUGAACCAGAAGACACCGAAGAUGGCGGCGCACCGCUACGGAUCCGUCCAUCAAUAGGGAGAACGGUGUCUACCAAAUCUAAGAAGCGACAGUCGGCCUCGCGCCUCUCCUUCGGGCCCAGCGAGACCACGGGCGACGACGAUGCGAUGGUACUAGGGGAGGAGGUAUUCACGCCGAAGAAAGCCACUCUAGGGGCCUCGGCGACGGAGAACAGCGCCUACAAGAAGGGCAUCUCGAAGAACCUGCCCCUCAACCGACUGCCCAUGCGCUCCAUAGACUCGGACGACAACCGCCCGCGGUAUAGCAAGGAAUACCUCUCCGAACUACAGUCAUCCACCCCGAACACCCCACAGAACAUAUCAAGACUCCAGCCCGCGUCCGACGACGAGAUGUCCCUCGACCCGUCGGAGCUAGAGGGCGCCAUGGUCGUCGACACCAUGACCGCGGCGCCAUCGAACACAGCAGUGCUGACCGAAGCCCAGGUCCGAGAGAAGAAGGAGCGGCGCGCGCGCCUAGCCAAGCACGGCGGGCGGGACACAGACGACUUCAUCUCGCUGUCGGACGACGAGCGCGACGCGGGGGACUCAUACCUCAGCGUGCUCUCGCGCAAGACCCACCACACUGCCGUCAUCAGCAACGGCAGCAAGCCGAAGAAGUCCUCCGACACGCGCCUGAUAGCCGAAGACGAGGAUCUAGGCGAGGGCUACGACGACUUUGUCGAGGACGGCGGACUAUCCCUAGGCAAGAAGGCUGAGCGCGAGGCCCGUCGCCGCCAGCGCGCCGAGAUGGCGUCGCUGAUCACGACGGCCGAGGGAGGCGCCUCGGAUCACGAGUCCGACGACUCGGAGGCGGAGCGCCUGGCCGCGUACGAGGCCGCGCAGACGCGCGCGGGCAUGGACGGGCUGGCCGAGGAGCGCGAGCAGCAGCGGCGGCGGCUCGGCGGCGGCGCCGAGGGCGUGGUGCAGGUGCCGCCCCGGAUCACGUCGCUGCCGGACCUGAGCGUGCUGGUACAGGAGUUCAAGGCGCAGAUGCGGCGGAAGGAGGAGGAGUUGGGCCGCAUGCGGGCGCGCAUCGAGGAACUGAGAGUGGAACGGGAGGGCGUGCUGCAGAGGGAGCCCGAGGUGCAGAGGCUGCUGAAUGAGGCGGGCGAGCGGUAUAAGGCCCUGAUGAUGCCGGGCACCAGCACACCUGGGGUUCCUGGUGAUGGGGAUGUUGGUGGAGGGAAUGCCGAAGACAAUGUAGCCUCGGCGAAGUCGCUGUUGGACCAGGUUAGGGGAAGCGGUGGUGAUACACCGCGGGGCGAAAGGGGUUUGGAGAGCCUAGGGACGACGCCGGUGAGGCCGCCGCAGAUGGAAGUAUGA